UUUUCUGGAUAGGAGUAGACCAGCGGUGGAAUUAGUAUCCUGUAUUUCCACAUACAGUCCUGGAGAACUUGCUCUCUCUGUGUGUUCCUCUUUCCCACAACUCGCUUCAAUGCCUGCUCAGAAGAAUAAGCCAGCCAGAGGCAUCUUCCAGUCUCAUUCUGUCUACAGUCUGUAAUAGGCUUGUAACCAGGCAUUGCAGGGGGCAGCAGGGGCAGCUGCUGCUGGUUUUAAUUUCUUCCCCCUCCCCCCCCACCAUAAAGAAGUGGACGCUGUCUCCUUUUGACAAUGAUGAAGACUGAAGGCAAAGGAGAGAGAACUUUGAGAAGUGCUUCUCCGCACAGGAAUGCCUAUAAAACUGAUUUUCAUGCCAUUAAGAGCAGUUUUGAUUCAGUGAACACAGAUAAUGCUUCAAGCAAAAGAGGUUCUCAGCAAAAGCUGCCCAAUUCAUCCAAUGCAGGGGGUAAUGAACCACAUGUUCGUGGGAGAGCUGUUACCUAUGGCAACAGAGUACACAAGAUCAAAAACAUGUUCAUGCAGAUGGGUGGCUCUUCGACUUCCCCUUGUGAAAACAGCAUACCCUCUGAGCCCAAGAUUAUCACCAAAACAUCUUCAGCUGAACCUGCCCCUUCCUCUCCCAUCAGUCCGUCUUUUCUCUGCGUUCAAAAAAAUAACUUUCUCAAUAGUGGCUCUAUACCCUGGAGUGGUUCUCAGGAUUCUUUACUUGCUGGUGCUUUAACUGACAAAAUUAUCCGCAACAACGAUGAGGGAAAUCUAGACAAAGUUGCCUUAGCUGAGAAGUUUUCUGAGACUAGGAAGCUUUUUGAAAGGAACACAAAAAAACCAAGAACAUUGGAGAGAUGCACUACCAACAAAAGUGAAAGGAUUGAAGACAGGAGACACGACUCUCUUUCUCCCGAUGGUACUAAUGCGGUAGAUCAUUUUAAUUUCAAUAAUGAAGUGAGUUCUCAAGUUUCUCCGGGAAAAACAGAAAGUCAAGGAAGCACUGAGAACAAGCUGCAGCAGUCCAGUGGUAACUGCAGAUCUCUGAAUGCUGGACCUAUUUCUAGGCGACUGGAGAGUUUCUUGGCUGACAGUGACAGUGAGGAUCCCAAAGACACUUUGAAAAAUGAAGGUAUUCCAAGCCCUGGCCAGACAGUGUUCUGCAGUUGGGAAUCACCAGUGGUUAAUCAAGAGCAAGGCUUGAAGCAGAAUCCACCUUCUGCAAUACCUGUCUUUUUCAGCGGUAGCAUCAUUGAAAGAGAUGAGCUAAGUAGGGCUGCUGCGGAAACAUCUAAAACAACUUCUGAAAGGGAUCAACAUGAUACUUACAGUGCUUCUAAAGUGGACAGAGCUCCCAUAAAAAUCUCGGAGAUAGAAGUUGUUAGAGCAGAAUUGAUUGUGGUGCAGAAUGAAAUUUCAAGGGAUGAAACUGUGGGGGAAGUUAAUGUCUUCCAGGAGAAGAAACCAUUCAGGUUCCCAAGAAGGGAUGCGGAAGGGAAGGGACUUACAGAAAGAAAUGGCCUCAUGUUUGAGGAAGUGGAGGAACUUAGUGGGUGCAGUGAAGCUGGUGAGAGAGGAGUAAGAGAGAUAGUAGCUCUGGAAGAGGUUCAAACAAGAAGGCAAAGCCAGGUGGAACAAAUAGGGGGUAGUGAAGAAGAGGAGGAAGAACAACAAGUAGACCAGAGAGAGAAUUUUAAUGGAUUCUCUUCCAGUGCUUUUGGUAUAGAAAAUGCAGCUUUUGAUGAUGACAGAGAAACAGAAGCAUAUAACCAAGGCCUUGAAGGAGAAGAAACUUUGGCAGAGGAGGACUGCAACUAUGAUAGUGAUUAUGAGGAAUUUCCUGGACUUUCGGAGGAAGAUGAACCUGAUCCGCAUAGGAAAGUAAAAUUUUCCACCGCCCCAAUCAAGGUUUUCAGUACCUUCUCAAAUGAAGAUUAUGAUAGGCGUAAUGAAGAAGUUGACCCUGUGGCAGCAUCGGCAGAGUAUGAACUUGAGAAACGGGUGGAGAAAAUGGAAGUUUUUCCUGUGGAAAUUGAAAAAGGUGACUGUGGCUUAGGUAUCAGUAUCAUUGGAAUGGGUGUUGGUGCAGACCAGGGCCUGGAAAAGCUGGGAAUUUUUGUGAAAACAAUAACAGAAGGUGGAGCUGCACAGAAAGACCGUCGAAUCCAAGUGAAUGAUCAGAUUAUUGAGGUUGAUGGUACGAGUCUUGUAGGAGUAACCCAGUUUUUUGCAGCAACUGUACUGAAAAACACAAAAGGUACAGUCAGGUUUCUUAUUGGAAGAGAAAAACCGGGAACCCAGAGUGAAGUAGCUCGCCUAAUCAGUGAGACAUUGGAACAGGAGAGAUGUUUGUUGGAGCAGCAGUAUAUCAAUGAUACAGAACAGGAUGAUGAUUAUGAUGAUGACGACGAUUCUUUUGAAACACAUCUACAUGGGAAAUCUGUAGAGGUAUUUUAUCUCCCUGAAAAUGAAGAUAUAAAUUUCCCACUAGACAUGGAUUCUACGCAGUUUCUACUGAAGUUCAAAGAGUUACAGCUGAAACAUGCUGUUACCACAGCUGAAGUUAACCAGCUUAAGGAAAAGUUAAAAGCAACAGAAGCUGAAAAGAUUGAAUGGGAAUUAGGUAAAUCUCAGCUCCAGGAAACAUUAGAAGAGAACAAAGAAAAAAUAAAGAAGUUGGAGACCUAUUGGUUAGAAGCACAAAGUUUAUGUAAGACAGUAAAUGAGCAUCUGAAGGACACCCAGGAACAAUAUGAUGCCCUGGAGAAAAAAUACAACAAGGCCAAGAAAUUGCUCAAAGAAUAUCAACAGAAAGAAAUAGAAUUCACGAAGAAAGAAGAGGACCAUAUAAAACUUCUUUAUGAGAAAGACCAGGAACAUAUAAAUCAACAGAAAAUAUUGCAGAAGAAGAUUACAGAGCUUGAAGAGAAAUUAAAACUGUAUGAGGGUCUCCCUUAUAUGUUUGGAAAUGGCAUAGAGGCUGCUGCUCCAAGUCUUGAACAUCUGACGGAACAUUUGGAAGUAAAAGAGAACGUUCAGGAAAUUGAGAUUUCAAUGGAGAAACUGGAUUUUUCUGAUUUUGAUGCUUUCCUUGGGGACACACCCAGGUUAGACACCAGUGCACAUAAAGCAAAAGCUCAGCUUGCCUUGAAAGUGAAACGUCAGCCACCCUCUCGGUCGAAGCGAAAAGAAUCUCUUGGAGCCGAACUGAAAGAUGCCUGUUCACAGGAUGCUGAUGCUGAUUCAGAGGAAAAUGUCCAGGGCAAGUCUUCAGAAGUGACAGAAAAGUUAAUUUCACCACAGCAAAAUGAUGUGGAUGAAAGGGUUGAUAAAUAUGAGCGAGCUGAAAGCACAGAUAGCUUAUUAGAAUCCAGUCCAUCAGUUUCUGUGCACUCUUCUCCAGUUUAUAAGCCGCACACAGAAAAUAGUUCUGGAAAUGCUCAUUCUCCUUCCAAUGAUGAUGCAACUCUAAGUUCUCCUUCAGGAUACUGCAGAAAUGUUAAGCAAAGAGAAUCAAAGGGUAAAGGCAAAGAGAGCAAAGAUGAGAAAAAGAAUGAAGAAAAGACUGAAUUAAAUGAAAAUGCCUCUACUGGAAAAUCCAAAAGGCGUUUUCCUGAUUUUGGGGGCCUAAGAAAAUCUGGCGGCAAAGGCAAGAAACAGGAAAAAGAAAAUGCAAGAGGUUCUCUGGAUAGCCGAGGCUCCCGUGAAUUACUUGAAGACAACAACUUAUCUGCCUCAGAUUCAGAUUCCCCUAUUCCCACUUGCAUGCCUUUCUCUUGGUUUGGAGACAGCCACAAAGAGCAUAGUUCUGGUAGCACUCUGAGUUUUACUCAGGGUGGGAUUGAUAUUGCCAUUGAACAGAGCCAAGAGAAGAACAGGAACAAGAGUAGAAUUGUCGUAGAUGAUUCAUACAAUAGCAAGCCAAGUUGUGAUCUCUCAGGGUUAGUGACAGAGCCCAGUCUUUCAGGGCAUUCACACACUUUAACCUUCUCUUCAAAUGAGACUUCAGAUGAUGAACCGUCGAGUACAGGGAAACAAAAUCAGUGGCACAGUCGGCCCAUUUCUGAAUGGACAACACAACAAGUAUGCCAUUGGCUAAUAGGAAUGAACAUGGAGCAGUACAUCACAGAGUUUACAGCCAGAAGUAUAGAUGGACAACAGUUAAUGCUGCUCGACAGUGAUAAAUUGAAGGCCCUAGGAGUGUCCAGUCAAAAUGACCGAUCAACAAUAAAGAAGAAAAUUAAAGAUAUCAAGAAAACACAAGAAAAACUGGAGAAGCAAAAAGAAAAGUUUCAAAGGAAAGAGAGAGAGAUUCGGAAAGGUGGCAGGGUGGUUGCUGCUGCAGAAUCAAGCUGCUGA